GCCAUACUUUAUAGUGAGAGGGGGCGAACGAACAGACUGAAUAAAAUUUAUCAAUAUCAAGAUACUUUAGUACUGGUUCUUAAGUGGGACUUGGAAGAGUUAUGUCUUAGAUAUUAUUUGUUGAGUGAACGCGAUGUUGGUUUCCGUAUAGUAUAGAUAAAUAAUUUUUAAGUGAUAAUGGUUUGUUUGUAUGAAGUUUUUAUUAUGUUAUUUUUUGCUAUUGAAAGUUAACAUCAUGGAAAGUAGUACACGGAAAGAAAAGACAGACGGUCCGAUUAUGCCAAUGAAAGAAUGGGUACGAAGAAUGCAACCUUUCCAGUUGUACGUGGUACUAGGAUUGACAAUAACUUUUUUCAUAAUCGAAUUAAUUAUUAGUCAUCUCACCCAUGCUUUGACUCUGUUAAUGGACUCUUACCACACCCUUGUUAAUAUAAUGGCAUUGGGCGGAUGUAUAGUAACUAUCAAGUAUGCCAAAAAUACUCCAACACAAGUGUUCAAUAUGAAGAAAGGAUCGAGCGUCUCCGAAAGCGUAGGCGAAGAACUAACUUCUUCUAAGUCUACGAAAUGCCAGGAUAAGGAAAAAUCCAAAACGUCCGUAACUACGUCCAAUCAAGAAAAGAAGCUGAAAAAUACAUUUGGCUGGGCCAGAAUCGAUGUUAUAUUUAUGUUAAUUUGUUGCGUUUUUUUAGCUUCGUUAAGUUUCUCAAUUUUAGUGGAAGCAUUACAGACUUUAGUACAUAUUGAUCAUCAUGAUGAGAUGCACCAUUCCAUAUCAGUAUUAUGUAUUGGAGCAACAGGUUUAUUACUAAAUGGAGUAUGUUACCUGCUUAUUGGUGGUUAUACAUUUCACCAAGGAAGCUUCCUUUAUGUAACUGAAAGUGGAAAUGUAGUUUUAAGUAAAGUUGUAGUUGACCAAUCCUUGCAACAAGGAGCCAGGCGUUUGUCUAGAAGUAAAACUAUUCAUCCUAAUGUUAUAAAUCAUAAACAAAGGCAGGGAUUUUGGGAGAUGACAAGAGAUGUUAACGGUUGUAUCCUUGUUGUGAUAUGUGCUCUAAUGGUAUAUUUCAGCGACAAAAACACUGCCAAAUACAUAGAUCCAAUCUUGUCGUUAAUAUCUUCAACAGUAACAAUGUUUUUGAGUUAUCCUUAUAUGAAAGAAAGCUGCCUUAUUCUAUUACAAACUAUGCCGGAUACAAUUGACAUUGAAUCGUUGAAAAUUGAAUUGCUCAAUCAUUUUCCUGAUAUUGUGAAUAUUCACGAUUUUCACAUAUGGCAAUUGACGGCAAACAAGGUCAUAUCAACAGUGCAUAUCAUUUUUCAAAAUCCAAAGGCUUACAAACGAUUAAUAGAAGAAGUAAAAGAAUUUUUUAAUGACAAUGGUAUAACUCACGUUACGAUACAACCAGAGUUUUUCAAAAAAAAUGCUAGUUUGGAUAGUUUAAAUUCAAAGUAUGCGCCAAACUGUUUAGUAACGUGUCUCGGAGAGGGUUGCAAAGACCAUCAUUGUUGUCCAAGUUAUAAGGAUAAACAGAUUUCGAAAUCACACUCCAAAGAAUUAAUAUCAGGUAACCAAACACCAAAUUUAAAAUCGGUGAAGAUUUUGGACAAUGAACUCUCUACAUUGAACGGACAAUUGGGAAGUCUGACAAGUAUCAAAUCUAGUCAAAAAUCUGAAGGAAAUGCACCCUCAUCCAAAUCGACGGAUUCAUUAAAUGAAUCACUAAUAGACAAAGAAAAAAAAUGUACGACAACGAAAACAAAUUCGUUGGACAAAAUCGACGAAAAUCUCAGUGAUAAUUUAACCAAAGAUACAUACGUAGAGAAUAGUAAUGAUGAUCAGAAAAAAAAUAAAAUGAAUGAAAAUAAUACAGUAGAACAUAAUGAGAUUAGUUUAAAAAAAUAGACUCUAUUGACCUGAAAUAUUUAAAACGAAUAAGUUUAGAUAAAGCUCAAAAUAGGUUAAUCUUAUUAGAGAAAUUGUUUACUUCAGAAAGAUCUAUAAUAAGAAGAAAACUUCAUUUUUGCAUUUUAAAAGUUGUUUCAAAAGUCUCAUAAAAUCUCGUGUUCGCGUUUUAAAGUAUUUAACAUCAAAGUUUACAAAAAUCUUGUUUCCAAUAGCUUUCAUAUAUAUGUAUCUUUUACUAUUACUAUUUUCUCCUUUUUAUAUAUACGAAACUGUUUAUAGAUAGAAACAGAAUGCAAGGUCAGCUGUUUAUCUCAUUCUACAAUACAAUAUUCAACACCUAAAAAAUUAUUCACAGAUAAUUUGCAAUUUUAUAAACUAUUAAAUUCAAUAAUCAAAUAUAGAUCUAUAAUUCAUUAUUAUCAUUUGGGUCGUCAAGGACAUUUGUCUGCAAGUCUUCAAUGAUUUGGGGAUCAAAAGUACCAACUUCAUCUAAAUUGCCCGAUACGAAGAAGUCUGAAGACAAGCUUGCCUAUUUCUGGCCACAACCUGUAAAACAUUUUAACACCGAUUUCUUAUAUCUACAUCGUGAACCUCUACAAUUCUUGCACUCGGAAUAUAUUGUAAUUAGUUCCGUAUAAUCCAACCUCAUUACUAGCGCUCUAACUUGAUAAUAGAGAUGGUUAAUGUUUUGAUGAAAAACUGUACAGGUUUACUGAGCUUUAAGUGUGAUACUGUUUGAGCAAAAAGUCCGUGUUCAUAUAAUGUUUGUAGAAUGCAGUUUUUUCAUGAAACACUUGAGUUAGAUGAUUAAAAUUCCUCUGAUAUUCCAAAGAAAGUUUUUUUUUUAAAUAACAGAAUACGUACUACUAAAUACAUGCAGAAUUAAAAUGUGUUUUUUAUAACGAGAAUAUUCAGCCAAUCUCUUUUGAAAGUUGUGAGAUAACUUUUAGAAUGCUAAAAUACAGGUUAAUCGAAUUUUUCGAUUAUUAGAGAUAAAUUCCAAGAUUCCUAUUUUUUUCACUCAUAUUAAUGGCCUAUAAUCACAUUUUUUUAUCAAAAUUGAUGAAAAUAAUUACCGUGUCACGAAUGGCUGGAUAAGAAUAAGGUAUAUCAGAAAUGAUUGUUAUUCAAAUCGAUCUCUAAUUGGAGUUUAUGAUCAAAAAUUCGAUAAUGCAUUUUGGCUUGAUGUAUACAUUAAAAAUUGAUGAAAAAUAUGUAAUUAGUAUUCUUUAUUAAUAUUAUUUAUAAAAUAAACCGGAGACGAUAUUUUAUUCUAAUUAUGUUAUAGAUUAUGAUCACGUUUUUAAAUUUUUUUGGUCUUUGAUAUAAAAUUUGUUAAAUAAUGAAAAAAUCUAGUUUCUAGAAAUAUAAGACAAUAUUUUUUUUUAUACAACUAGACUCCUUUCACAAGAUUAUUACAGUGGGCUUAUAAAGUAACGCAUAAAUAGAUUAUUAACAGUGAGCAAAAAAAUUAAAACAAGAUGUUUAUUGAUUUCAAUUAGAUUUUUUUCAGAAGAAUAAUCUAGUGCAAUUACAACUUUUCUAUUAUGGCGUGGGCAAAAGUUUUAAAUGAAAUACUUAAUACUAAGGCGAGUAUGAAGUUGAGCGAAGAUGCAGUUUCACUUCUCAAAAGUAUCCUCCACACUUUUCUAUCCAUUACUUUUUAUAGUGUCCCAAUCCAUUCAAUUUUUCUUUGUUUUGUCGUCAUCUUCAGUUCCUCAUUUCAUGUUUUUCUUAGUCUUCCUUAUGGUUUAUGCUGUUUGCUCUAACACCAUUUUGUCUUCCUCCAUUUCUGUAACAUGUCGAAACCAACUUAAUUGCGUUUCUUCUAUUUUAGUUUCUAUAAGUUUUCUAUCUUUAUUUUUCAUGUGCUUGUAUGUAUUAUUACUAUUCCUGUCCUUUUUCGUUCUUAUAUUUUCCUUGAAUAUCAAAGCUCCAUGUUAUGUAUCUUAUUUCUUUUGUGUUUUCAUUUCUUGAGGAAUCACUUUCUUAACCAGGACGAUAUUUUUGAUACUAAUAAAGAGUUUUUUAGCUGCUCGUGUUACCUUCUUCAUUUCAUCCUGAAUUCUCCCUUUAUUUUUGAACCUAGAUAUUUGAAGCUAUACACUUGUUCCAGUUUUGUUUUAUUUACGUAUAUUUAGAAAUUUUUUGUUGUUACUCAUUGAAGAAGUACUGACAAAACGACAGGGUGUUUUGUUUUUAAAUCAUAUCUAUUUAUUUAAGAGUAUUAUAAUCAGUCUCAAUUGGUUUUAUUCAUCUUAGGUUUAUUGACGUACAGUAACACAGUCUUCUAAUUAAGUAGGAAAUAUAACAAAAUAUAUCUUGAGAAAAAAUAUAGCUACUCACAAAAACCAUUUUGUCCAUAUAGUACGGACAAAAUGUGCACACAAGUCAAACCUUCGCUUCCUGAUCAUAUAUCAGAGCAUUUGUACACUGCCUCAAUCACUCCUCUGAUGGUAAAGCGUUUUUGGGCUGUAUUUAGUAAUAAUUCCUUGCGUAUUUAGAGUUAGAAGUCAAUAACAUUUGAGGGGUUUCAAUUUUUCUUCUUGGCCUCGAAUGAACUGCUCCUGUGGUGUUGACGAAAUAGUAGCAAAUGAAUAUGUCAGUAAUUGCUCUGAUGGACCUGGUCUCACACCGUCAUACCGUCAUCGACGCUCUCCAGCUAUCUCAACUGUAUUACACAUAUCUACGAGUACAUAUGUUGCUGAAUUCAGGUUCAUCACAUCAGAAUCAACAACUCCAAUAUCAGCAUUGGUGGUGACUUGCGUUGUGUUUUGUGAAGAACCUACUUCAUCGUAAUUUGUUGCUGAUGGAUUUAAAAUAGAUACAACAUCGUUACUAGGAUCUUCUUGGAUUGAAGAGGUGUUGAUACAUUCAGUUAAAGUCAAUCGUGAAGGAAAGUUUAAAUGCACUGUCUACAAUAUACUCCUGAUUCAAUGGAAUAUUUUUGGCCUCUGCCAAUCCAAACAUGUAGUCUGGAAAAAUAUCAAGAUUAACAAGUCUUUUUAAAACAAUUACUUUCAUACUGAAUAUUUGCUGCUUUUCCAAACACUCCUUUAAACAAAUACUCGAUUGUAAAUGGGUAACAACGCGCCCUGGAUGAUUUUUAGCCUAUUAGAAAUUUCUUGAUCGAAAUAUGUUUCUAGUGGUCCAUGAAUACAAAUAAUCAAGGGUUGCAUUCUAUUGGUGCACUUUGACGGUAAACACAACACUCUUAUACUAUUUUCUUUGGCAUAUGACUUCUAUGAUUUGAGUAAGUAUCACAAAUAAAUAAAACAGAACGUCUUUGCUAGAUUUCGUAAGUGCGUGUAAACGUUUCAACCUUUUUACAACUCUUUGUUCAUCUAUCCUGAUUCUUGUGCUAGCUCAAGAGUGCUGGUGGGAGUUUCAUGAACUAGUCCGUUUUCCAUGUUGUUUCUAUCAUACAUGGCCAAAUAAAUGAACCGAUAGCAUUGGCACAACACACUAUUGCCACAUUUGAAUCUCUCUCAGCUGCGAUGAGAAAGCAGACUUGUUUUCUAUCUUUGGUGGUUUCUGAACUGUAGUAAGCUCAGUUUCAUCCACAUUAAAUAUUCGGUGAGGUCCCAAAUUGUGAAUAUGGCUGUCGUCACGAAGACGUAACUAAAACCCCCCUUUUUUUUUAAUUCCUUCUCAGUUAUCCUCAUGUGGAUGUUCUCAAAUAUUGUAUUUUAUAUUAUUAAGUUUUUGUCUGUAGCGAUUGAUACCGAGUCAUCUGCAUAGAUUAUUUCCUUAUGUUUUGCUUGAUUUGGCUUCAUUUAUACUUUAAUGAAAAAAAGCAACCUUCCUAUUUUUCAAAUUUUGAAAAUUGCUACAAUGUGGAUACAAAACCCAAAAGUUACUUAUCUCAAUUCAUUUGAAAAAAAAAUACAAAUAUUGUAUUUAAUGUAGACUUCAGAUUUCAAAUAACUCCAUAAAAUGAAGUAUAUUAGAAAGAUAUUCACCCUGUUUACAGUACCACUACACCAACACUCACAAUUACACAAUCUGACGCGUGUUUCGAAAACCACAUUAUCGUAUUCACAGACUCAAGGUAAACUCAGUCUCUGAAAACGUGCGUUAUAUAGUGUAAUUGUGGGUGUUGGUGUAGUGGUAGUGUAAAAAUUGUGUUCGAUAAGUGAUUUAGUAGACUAGUUUACUUUUUUAUACUUCUGAUUCAUCGAUUUGAGAAUGUCCUGUCUAAAAACGGUUGAAUAACUACAUAAAUUUUAGUUAUUAUUGAUUCAGUACUUCCCCAACGUGUCCUAAUUCUCUAAUUAGGUAAUAUGUGUUUCUGGACGCAUUUCAGGAAAUUAUGUGCGAACUUUCGCUUAGUCCUCAUUACAUUAACAACUGAUCCGUUCAUUAAAUGCGGCUAUAUGAUAUAUUUGCAAUACUGAAUUGAUCUAGUAUAUUUAUAACUGUCAAAUUAGAAAACAAGUUGCCGGCUUUACUUUUUAGUACACUCCAAAAAAUCAGACAAUAUAUUUUAUUGUACCAUUGAUUGGUGCUAGAAAACUUAAAUUAUUACGUGUGUUUUUUUGAGUUAUGACACUAUUUGAGCGAUUACGUUUUUGUUCGCCCUUUAGUAUAAUGAAUCAGCUUGUCUUACGUUUUUGAUAUCAGCUUAGCAAAGAAAUUCAGAAUAUGUUCCAACUGAAGAAAAUCAUUACUAAAAGAUUAUUUCCCUUAUAUUAUAGAUUAAUAAUAAUGAUAUAAAAAAUUUUUUACGGAUUUUUUCAUCUUACUUACUGUUGAUUUACUAAUGAAUUUAUGCGUUAUUUUGUGGCUGGAUCAAAUAUAUUAUGUAUGAUUUCAUUUUAAAGCACUUUUAACUUCAAUAGCCAUCUAUAAUUCCAAAUGGGAUUUUAUCUAGUCAGGCUCUACAAUCUACAAUUUUUUUUCUUUAUUUGAAUUCAACUAACAAAUCAAUUCAUUCGUCCAUAUUUCUAAUAAGGCUGUGUUUAACAUUAAGCUAGAUAUUUGUGUCAGAUUUUAUGCAUACUGUGAUUUUUAUAUUAAAUAAGUGACUAUUUGUUUAGAAUAUGAACAAAUUUUAGAUAUAUCAAUAAAACAUAAUAUUUUA